AUUAAUAUUUGGUAUUCUAUUUCACACGUAUUUCGAACAUCGACCGUUAGAAAAUUCAAAUUGACACAGACCACAGAAUUACUAAUCACUUAUUUUCAAUUUCAAAGCAAAGUAACGAAUUUUUCAUUGAAGUCGUUAAGAAUUUAAGAAAAUGGAUAAAGAGUGAAAUAGAAUUAGUAAUGAAUUAAUUUGUUAAGUGUGUGUUGAUAGUUAUAUAUAUCGCAUUUUUUAUCAUAUAUAUAAUUUAAAAUGAGUUCUUGGGGAGAGAUACUUGUUGAAUGGUGUAAUUGUUUACAAUUGAAUCCCAAAAUAAAAGACAUUAAUGAAUUGAGAGGUAGUGAUUUCUUCAAGAAUAUAUUAUCAAUUUUAAAUAAGUCUGAUGUAUCGGGUACGUUUUUUCACCUAUUGACACUUUUGAAUGAUACCUACAAACAUGCUCAAAUUGACGAAAUCAAUUGUGGGUCAUUUAUGGAACUUCCAGAAGAUAAGCUCAUAAUAAUAAUAUCUUUAUUAAUGCACUAUACUUGUAUAUAUGAUGGAAGAGAUGAUUUCACAUUACCCCUGUGUCAUAAUCUAUCUAAGAAAUCCCAAUUAUCCAUUAAGGAUUUCUUACAGAAUGUAAAUAAGGAUGUGACCUACUCUGAUCUGGAGAAACUUGUUGGAAAAGAUAGAAUAUAUGAGCAUGCUGAAUCUAAGCCAACACAAAGUCCGUUGACUGCUGUUUUCAGAACUCCUAGUUUAAAACGUAAAUUCAACUAUGAAAAAGAUAGAACUGUUACCAAAUUGAAGACUGCUCUUGAACUGGAACAAUAUCAGAAGGCUGAUAUAGAGGAUGAUUUGAAACUGCAGAUUAAAAAAACACAAAAACUUGAAAAAUUGUUGAGUAAAAGUAACGAUGAAAUAAUUGCCUUGAAAUCUGAAAUUUUCAAGUUGAAAUGCCAAACACCACCCCCAUGUUCUAAAAGGCCUGAUUUGGAACAUACUGUGAAGUUGUUGAAAAAACAAUUAGCGAACUUCGAACAUUAUAUUGAAAAUAAUGAAAGAGAACAUGAGCAGUUGAGAGAGGAACAUCACCUAUAUAAAGAAAAGAUCGAAGAGUAUGAAUUGAAAUAUGCAGAGUUACAAAAAAAAUAUUUGGCAUAUGAUGAACAAAUUGAUGAACUCACUGAAAUGUUGAGUCAUAAAUCUUCUGAGGUAAUCCAUUUGGAGACUUACUGCAAAGAACUGAAUGAAAUUUUAGAAGGAUAUCGGCAGCAAAGACCAAUAUCAACUGAAAGCAGUUUUAGUGAAUAUGUUCCAGCAAGUAAAGCCAAUUCUUCUAUUGUGAAUCCAGAAAAUCUUGCCAGCACAGUGAUAGAGAUACAACUAAAAGAAUCCCAAGAACUAAACGCAGAAUUAUUGUCAAAGGUGAAUAUUCUUGAUUCUGAACUUAACAGCACGAAAAAAUAUUUGGACAAAAAGAUAGAAGAGAAUGAAAUAUUAUGUAAAAAAAUUCAUAAUGGGUUUAUAAAACUCAAGGAAUUCAAAAAAGAUGUACAAACAAUGAAAAGCUAUUAUGGAGUUGAAUCACGAAUGCACAAGACAUCCCUUGCGCAAUUGCAACAAGAGGUAAAAAAUGUUUUGUCUCUUCAUGCAGUAUCGAUAGCUAAAUUCGAUAGUGAAAUUCUCAUAGAAAAGGAAAAUAAUAGGUCAUUGUCGAUUCAGUUGACCGAACUUGAAAAAAAUUUAGUUGAAAGUACAGUUGAAAAAAAUUCGUGUAUAAACACCAUUGAAUCUUUGGAACAUCAAAACAAAAUACUUUCUGUCAAGAUAGGGGAACUUCAGUCAGAAUUAUUGGCCUCUGAAAAUGCAAAUAAAAACAAUUGCGCCAAGAUGAUAGAACUUGAGGGAACAAUUGAACAAAACAAAGCAGAUCUGGUGAAAUUUACUGAUGACAAUGAAAAAUUAAAACACCAGCUCAAUAUGCUCCAUUCAACAUUGGAAGAAUAUCGUAUGACAAUAAAAACAUUGGAGGAAACUGUUGGACAAAAUAAAUCGGAGAUCUCCCAACUUCUCUCGGACAAGAAACAACUUGUUUAUGAUAUGGCAACUAGUAAAAACCAGAAUGAUCUCCUAACUACUGAAUUGGAGGAAUAUCAUGCUAAAGUUAUAAUCCUUGAAAGUGAAAUUGAAAAGAACAAAUCAAAAAUAACCAAACUACUUUCUGAAAAGAACGAAUGCAUUCUACUCAUAGAAAAUUUGCAGAGCCAGAACAGCUCGCUUAAUACUCAGUUGGAAGAAUAUUUCAGCAAAGUCAAAUCUUCUGAGGAAGAAAUUGAACAUAAUAAAGAACAAAUUGCUGAGCUUCUUUCUGAAAAAAAUCAAUUUGUUGAUGAAAUUGAAGGUCUUAAAAAACAGAAUGGGGAUCUGAUGACUGAAUACUGUGAUAAGAUCAAAUCUCUUGAAGACCAAACAGAGCAGAGUAAUAAUACUUUGAAGGAGCUUGAUUCGGAAAAAGAAAAAUGUAUCCAUGAAAUUGAAAUAUUGAAAAACCAAAACCAACUCCUGAAUACAAGAUCUGAAGAGAAUAAUUCAAAGAUAAAAACCCUUGAAGCUGCAAUCGAGGAAAACAAAAAACAACUAGCUGACCUUCAUUUGGAAAAAAAUCAUUGCAUUAAUGAAACAGAAUUUUUAAGACAACAAAAUAUCCUCCUUAGUACCAAUUUAGAGGAAACCUCUGUUCAAGCGAAAAACCUUGAAGAAGAAAUUGAAGAAAGUAAAAUGAAGCUGGCAGAGUCUCAGUCUGAAAAUGAAGGUCAUAUCAGAGAAAUUGAAGCUUUAAAACUACAAAAUAAUAUCCUGAAUACCACAUCAGAAGAAUAUUGUUCAAAAGUGAAAACUCUUGAAUCUACUAUUGAACAUUACAAAACUGAGGUUGCUCAACUUACAUCUGACAAGAAUCAUAGCAAUGAUGAAAAUGAGACUUUGAAACACCAAAAGAACCUUCUUCAAAAAGAAACAGAAGAAUAUCUAAUGAAAGUGAAAACCUUUGAGGAUGUUAUUAAACAAAGGGAAAUAGAGCUGGCACAACUGCAUUCCGAAAAAGAUCAUUGUAAUAAUGAAAUAGAAUCUCUAAAGCUCCAAAAUAAUCUCCUAAAUACCAGAUUAGAGGAAAAUUAUAUCAAAGCAGAAAGUCUGAAAGAUACACUUGAACAAACUAAAAAAGAGUUAGCUAAUCUUACUUCUGAAAAAACUCAUUAUAUGAGUGAUGCUGAAGCUAUGAAAAAUGAGAUCAAUCAUUUGAAUAGUAGAAUAGAAAAGCUCACCACAAAUUUGGUGUCAAGUGGUGAAAACAAUGAAGACUAUCAAAAAAGGUUGAAGGUUUUGGAGGAUGUCAAUAAUGAAUAUUCAAGAAGUAUUGAAUCCCUCAAUGCUUCACUUCAGAAAAACCAAUUAGAACAUGAGAAACUGAUGAGUCAAAAUAAUGAUUUGAACAAAAAAUUGGCAAUAACAGAAGGGUUGAUUGAAGAUAGUAAAUUGAAAAUUGAACUCCUUGAGCAUGAAAAAACAAUUAAUCUCAAAGCUACAGAAUUAUUACAAAAAAAUUUGAAGGAAAAGGAUACGGACAUUCAGCAUAAAGAUGAAAUGAUGAAAAAAUAUAAUCAGGCACUUAUAAAUCUAAAAAUUGAAAUGGUAAAUACCAAGAGGAAUUUUGAGGACUUGAAGUUAUGUCUUGCAAAUGAAAAGAAUAUGUUGUACAAAUUGAUUGAUGACCUGAAGAAAGGCAACUUUGAACUAGUAAAAAGUAAUGACAAUCGCAUUAAUGAAAUCGAAGAAAAGUUACUCGAAGAAAAGAAAUACAGUGAAAGUUUGAAGUACAGAAUUCUUGAGUUAGAAGAACAAUUAACCAGUGAAAAAGAAAGAUUUUCUCAAGAAAUAAAGCACUUAACUUCUGAAAGAGAGAAUUCCUGUAAUGAACUGAGGAUUUCUGAGAAGAAAAAAAAUGAAAUUUCAAACAGAACAAUUAUUCUUCAAGAAACUAUCGAUAAUUUGAACUCAGAAAAAUAUAAGUGUCUCCAAGAAAUUGAAAAAAAAGAUGCUAAAAUAGUAGAAUUAGAAAGUCUCCUUUCAGAUUUGAAAGUGCAAUCUGAGAACAAUAUUUCCAACAAUAUUCAUCUUAAAGAACUGAUCAUUAAAUAUGAGGAUUCUGAGAAAAAGUUGGUCAAAUACAUUGAUUUUGAAAAAUAUAUGAAGCAACAAAUUGCUGAUCUCAAGGUUUUCCAUAAGGAAGAGUUCUACAAAUGCAAUAAAUUAAUACUAAAACUAAAGGAAUCUAUAAGUAUUUUUAGCUAUAGGUUGGCAGAAUCUGAAGAACUCAGGAGAAAAAUGCUUCUGGAACAGAAUGAAUGGAAAGAAUCAAAUACAUCUCUGUUAAAAGACUUGGAAAAUGUUAAAGCUGAAGUUAGUAAAAUUAAUAAUGAUUGGGCGGACGAUAAAAAACAGAAAGAAAAAUUAUUGAAUGAUAACCAAACAUUGAAAGAUAAUUUCAUUGGUUUAACUCAAACAAUAAAACUAUUCAAUCAGGAGUUGAAUAAAGUAAUGACAUCUUUGAAGGAACGCAGAAGUAAAUCCGAUUUCAUAUUGAACGACAUCCAUAGGGCUUAUAAAGGAUUGGAUACACAAGAGUUACUCAAAACCCCUGAAAAGAGCCAUAGAACUAAUGAUGUUUCAAUUGAAAUUGAUAAUCUUGGUCAACAAAUAUCAAAACUGAAUGCAUAUAUUGAUAUCUUCUCAGAAAAAGAAACGUUUUAUCUGAAAGAAUUAGAAACUAUGAAAGAAGAAUUAGCAGCAUCUAACCAUAGUCGUUUUGAUGUGGUACAAAAUUUGAAGGAACAAAUUCUGGACAAUGAACAUCAAAUAGCCACACAGACAGAAAAUCUCCAUUCUGUUGUGGAAAAAUAUAAUCAGUUACAAUUUGAAAAACAGGAGUGUUUGAACAAAAUGGAAAAACAGGAGAAAGAAAUCAGUGAAAUUAAGAAAACACACUUGGAUGAAAUAACAUUGAAGAAGCUUCAUAUCACGAAUUUGCAAGAGAAAAUACAUGAUCUAGAAGAUGAAAUUGUCAAUUUAAAGAAAGUGCAUAACACCAAAACUGGAGAAAAUAUAGAGAAACUGAUUACUUUGGAAAAUCAGAAAUCCAAGAAUGACAUAGAGAUAGAAAAAUACAAAACGAAAAUUAUGGCUCUAGAAGCUCAAGUUGCAAUAUUCAGAGAGGAAAUUUCAAAACUUAAAAACAAAACUAGCAAAACUGAGGAAGAGUAUGAAAGUUCCCUUGCCAAUCUACAAGUCCAAGCAGUUAGAAAUAAACUUGAUAUUACAGAAUUGAAGAGGAGGAAUGAGGAAUUGGUUGGUGAGAACGAUAACUUAUCCACCCAAUUAGGUUUGUUGAAUAAAGAGAAAAACCAAGAAAUCCAAGAGAGAAAAACUGCGGAGGAUCGGUUAGCUGAAGAAACCAACAUAAAUAUUCAAUUGAAGAAUGAUAAAUGUGCCCUAGAGGAAAAAUUGGCAACUCUGAAAGAGUUCAGAGACAAAUGUAAAAAAUGUGAUGAUGAGAGAAGCAACAAAAAGUUUCUGGAGGAGAAACAUAUUGAACUGUCACAGAAAAUCGAAGCUCUUAUGCAAAGUAGUGAAAUGCAGAAGGAAAACUAUGAAACAUUCAAAAUAUAUUAUAAAAAAUUCAAAAAUGACUUUGAUAAGCUUCUUUCUCAAAAGAAUAGUUUAGAAAGUUUAACGAAUAAUAUGAGAGUUCAGAUGGUGUUAUUGAACAAAAAUAUCUUGUCUGAUGAAUCCAAAAAACUCAUGGAGAAAAAAGAAGCUAUAGAUAUCAUUUCUGAAGAUAUAAUAAAACAAUACAAUAGAUAUUCCAAGCAAAUAAACGAAAUAGUUCAAGAAUUUGUGGGAUUUUAUGAGAGAAACUGUGACAAUAUUUUUGCAGCUCUGGAACUAAAAAUUGAAGAUUUCUUAGAAAAACACAAUGUUAAUGAACUUAGUGAUCAUAUAUCCGACCUCACUGAGAGAGCUGUGGAUAUUCUAGAACAAAUUAAGGCAUCACAAAGAGAAUUGGAGAAUUUAUAUAAAGAUGAAGAUAGCAAAAUGCAACAAAAAGAGAAUAUACUAACAACUUCUAAAAAAAUUAACAUUGAUAAAAUCAAAGAAGAUGAUUUGAAGAAGAAGAAUGUUGCACUUAAACAAAAAGUAACUUUAUUGGAGAAUACAAAGAAUAACUUGGAAAAAACAGUUAAGAAGCUAAGAGAAGAAAACAAGAAACUCAAAGAGGGCGACAAUAAGCCUGGAACUUUGGAUAAUGAUUUGCAUUAUAAAAUGUUACUUCAAGAAUACAUUUCAUAUAAAGAAGACCAGGAAAAAGUUUUGAAAGAAUAUAAAUCAUGUCUUGAAGAUUUACAGAAGGAAUAUGAAGAGCACAAAGAUAAUUGUAUGAGGUCUUCAACGCCAAUUGGAAACAGAUUCUUUUCCAAUCCUGAAAAAGAGAAAUGUCUUGAGGCAGACUUGGAAAAAUUGCAAGAAGCUUUUUCUAAUGUAAGAAUAAACAAUGAAAAAUUGGAAAACGAAAAUAUUCUUUUAAAACGAAUGAUUGGGGAACACAAACAAGAAAUAGGCAAGUUUACAUCGAUUAAGGAAGCAUAUGAUAAGCUUCUGGAAGAAAAUAACAAGUUGAUGACAGAGGUUGAUACAAUGAAGUAUAAACGGGCAAGAGAUAGAGAUGAGUUCUUGAGAUGGUUGAAAAAGGAAAGGUAUGAGAAUGAAAUGAAAAAUACAAAGCAGAUACAGAACAUUAAAGCAGAAUAUGAAACCAAAUUGGAAAAAAUGAAGGAUAAAAUGAUAAAAUUAUAUAGAGAGGAGUUGAACAAAGAAAUGAGCAAAAUCAAAGGAAGACAACAUGAAAGUGCAUCUUUACUGAAAACUAUCGAACGACUUGAAUGUGACCUUUUCGAAGCCAAACAAAAAAUUCAACUACUCACUGAAAGAGAAAUGCGGAAGAACCAAGAACAGAAUAUUUUCUCUCAGAUGCAUGGUUCCAACUCCCAGGUUCAUGAAUUGGAUACUUUAAGUCUUAAAGAUUUCCCCUUAUCUUGUAUGAACUCGACCGCUAUAGACUCCAGGCCUCGUAAUAGCAUAGCUAAACUGAUGGAAUUCAAACAUCCCAGCAAAGUGAAUCCUUCAAGUUUGGACACUAGAAAACAAUAUGAUGAGCGUCAAGUGAAGACACUUCCUAGAUCAGGCACUAUUGUUGAGGAAGUUAAUAUUCGAAGGAGAACAUCUUUUGGAGUUCCUAAUAGCAUGGGAAACUUACAAAUGGAAGAUGAAGAGGAAAUGUUUAACAAUAAGUAUUUAACAGAUUUGAAGCAAGGUAAAUGUGAUUUACCAUCGUCUGAGGAUAGAGAUUCCAGAGUCUCAGAACUAGCUUGGCGAAAUUCUUUGGUUCCUCCGCAUUUAAAAUCCUCUUAUCCAGCUGAAACACAGUUUUGUAGCCCUGAACGAUUCAGAGAGGAUGACCUUAAGUCUGGAGGCGCAUUCGACGAUAGUUCAUGUAAAUUGCUACCAGCUGAAAAACGAAAAAAAGACUUUGGCACUACAUCUUAUAAGAAACCUGGUCCACCAACUCCUAGCAAAAACGGUGGCCGAUUAUCAUUAACUGGAAGCGAAAUGCAUGUGACCAAAGAUCAACAUUCUGAAUCCAAAAAAAGCACACCAGGACGGAUAAGAUCUCUUUUCACAGGAAGAAGUUCAUCAAGGAGCAGUAUUGAGCCUGGCACUUCACCUAAAAAAAGAUUAAGUAUUUUCCGUAGAUAGUGUAUGGGUGCAGUGAUUCAGACGCCAGUGAUUUUAGUUUUUAAUCUGUAUUUAUGUGUUUGUUUGAUUUAUUUUAUUAUAUGUUAUACACUCCAUAA